AUGUUAAAGGCUGAAUUUAGGGAGUUUAUCACUCCCCAAAAAUGUGAAACUCUUGAUGAGCUGAUUAACUGGGCUCGAGAUAGAGCAAUUGAGCUUAAAAGACAGGAAGAACGUGGGGAGAAGAGGUCAUCGGAAAAAGGGUCCAACCCAAGCCCUUCUAAGAAGACAAAAUUUCAAGAUCAUGGUAGGAAGGAAAAAUCAAAAGGGGCAAUUACCCCUUGCAAGACAUGUGGGAAACUUCAUACCGGUGAAUGUCUCCUAGGCAAGAAUUGGUGUUAUAACUGUGGCAAAGAAGGACAUCCAUACUACAAGUGCCCUAAUAACCCGAAGACUUGUUACAAUUGCUUUCAAACGGGGCAUGUUAAGGCGGAGUGUCCUAAACUUCAACAGGGAGCAAAGAAGGAAAGUAAGAAGGAAGAGAGCCCUAAGGCUCGAUGA